GGUGGUUGACCCAGAAGGUAAAGCUUCCUUGGACGAACAGUGGGUUGCAGCGGAUAUAGAUCUGCCGUUUUUGUCAAUUACGUUUAGUAGCAACGAGUGACAGCAAGUUGUAAUUUUAAAAUGGCAGACUCUGGGGACAAAGAAAGAACAGUUGUUAUCGCCAUGGACCGCAGUCCAUAUUCGGAGUAUGCUUUUGAAUACUAUCUCUCUGAAAUCCACCGACCGACGGACCACAUCAUCUUCGUGCACGUGCCCGAGUUAUACAACAUAACCAUGCAGGCUCCGAUGGUGAUGGCGGACGUGACGGUCGUGACCGACCUCUUGCAGCAGGAAGAAAAAGAGAUAAAAGCCUACCUCGAGGUUCUGGGACAGAAAUUAAAAUCACACAAUGUCGGUGGCAAAGUGAAGAGUGUUGGCGGGACCCCUGGCGAGGUGAUCGUCAAGGUGGCGGAAGAUGAGGGUGCCACUCUCAUUGUGACGGGCACGCGGGGGAUGGGGCAGAUUCGCCGGACAUUCAUGGGCAGCGUCAGCGACUACGUGAUCCACCACUCGCACGUGCCCGUUUUGGUGUGUCGCCACAAGGGCCACGAAAGCAAGUAGACAACGCUCACCGCUCGGACCAGUCUGUUUCUUCAGUGUCAGACAUCCACUUGAAGUCUACAGGUUCGAAACUCGGGUGUUUCCACAGCCAUUGUGUGACAUCGAGCUGUAUACAGACAUGUUAAACGGAGAACUCUAAUUCAUUCCUAUCAUUUGUUAAUUUAAAUACUUUGUUUCACUUAGAAUCAUGUACGACUUGAAUCAGUGUUGGAGACGACCGACCAACUAAUCUUACUGCAGCUUAAACAGUAUUAGCUCUGUGUACUUCGGUUCCUGAUUAGAAUAAAAUUUAUUUUCAAAAUUCAAA